CUUGACUUGCCGAACGUAUAUAUACUUACUUAGUCUGAAUAGUUUGUUUAGAACCAUAUACGAAAGGAUUUAGGUUCACAGUCUGUACCGGCAAAUACCUAAAUACUUCAUCGAUGACCAACCAAGAGCCCAGAUAUCGCGGUCUUCUUCGUACCGAAACACGCUGGGACAGACAAAGGCAACGCAAGGCUGAGCUGGACAUCAACCGUGUUGGUCUCGGGGAGUUAUUGCACGAGGUUCAACAGAUCGAAAAUGUUUCGUGCCAGGAGAUUAAAGGCCUCGCGUCCAGAAUCAAACGUCGCAAGCAUGCCGAUGCGAACGAUUUGAUCAAGCUGAGCUAUGGAUUUCAGCAGAGCGGUGAGAACAUUUCCGAAUUCGUUCGGAUAACCGGUGCUAUCAAUGUGCUGGUGAAGGAAUUUACAGGCCAUGAUUCGGAUUUGCAACUGUUGGCCGGAGAGUGUCUUUGCAAUCUGACACUGGGAUGUGACGUAUGUUGUGAAAAGGUGGCCACAUUCGCCGGAACAUAUUUGAUUACAUUGCUGGAAAAUGUGAACAAUAAGAGAUUGAAUUACAUUUGUAUAUGGACGAUUCAGAACAUUAUUUCAUCCGGGAGAAAGUCUAUGCAGAUUUUGCAUUCACAAGGCUUGACAGCCACAUUAGAACGUCUUUUGGAAGAAACGGAACACAAUGAACUACUGAAGGAAAUACUGUUCUCCAUAAGUUUGAUAUUGGAUUAUGAUGAUGAAUUUGUGAGCAAGGAACAGAUCUUGGUGACAUUACUACCUCAGCUGGUCACUAAAAGUCCCCAAUUAGAUACUUUGAGGGUACUCUAUCUAGGACUAACUCUGACCGGGUUCGAAACGUUGGACACUUCCGCAGCCCCGAACAUCAUUCGACAUUGUUUCGAAUAUAUCGAAUCAACAUCUACUAGCCAGAAUGAAAAUUAUUCCGGGGUUUUGUUGGCGAUACGGAUUAUGGCCAACCUAGUGCCAAAGAAUGACAGAAAUGCGGAGUUGAUAUUACAUGAAUGCCAAGAAAAAAAUCUUAAAUUAAGUAGCUUGUUCAACAUUUACUCGGAAAACGGCCAUGACAAAAUAUGCAUGGAAAUACUUUGGUUGUUGGGAAACGUAAACAAACAUGUUUCCAAUCAAAUGAAGGAUCAUUACUUGCAAUACGACAAUUUCGUCGCUGAAUUAAUAGUACCAAAAUCUCUAUUGGGUUAAUGAAUAAAAAAAAUAUUUUGUUAAAAAA